UAGAGUGAAGCCCUGGAGCUCGGGGACAUCAAAUUGGGGUAUUGUGGUUGGCCAACGUGGUGCAGGGUACCUUAAUUACCCCGGACCAGCAUUUGGAGACGUCACCAAGCGCCCGCUGACGACCGGGUUCAACACCGACAUUUUCCCCUUCACCUCCCAUUGACAUCUUCGUCAGUACGCAAGGUAGCCCAGACAGCUACAGCGUACACUGACGCCAUGGUCGACCGACGCGACUCUCUGUCGACCAACGUGUCGCUAUUACAGCUCGACCCGGCGCCCAUAGAUUCCCCCGAAGUCGAGCGCCCAGUUCCGCCGCUUGAAGAUGAAUCCUCCGAAGAUCUAGAGAGCCCGAGCGCCUCACUGCCCUCGAAAGGCUCAGCAUCAGCCCCUGGUUUGAGUGGCUCAGGGCGUGGCCCCAUCUACUACUUGACACGCCUACAAAAGUACUCGUCGUAUGCGAUGAACACCUUCUUCGCCCUCCAUAUUACAAAUGUCUCGAUUCUACCAGCGAUAACAGGCUCCACCGACGCCUCGGAGACGUAUCUCCUCAUGACGCGCGAAAUCUACCAGACCGCCAUCACGGAGCCGCUCCUUGUUGCCCUACCUGCAAUCCUACAUAUUGGUUCCGGCAUAGCAUUGCGUCUGGUACGCAGAUCGCAGAACGUGCAACGAUACGGGACGACGACCCCAGGCUUUUGGGCCGUGGGAAGCCACAGGAAGCGCAUGAGCCCCUGGCCAGAGAUGAGCUACAUCUCAUUAUCAGGGUACGCCCUGAGCUUCUUCUACUCGGCGCACGUGCUCGUGAAUCGCAUCUUGCCGCUGGCCGUGGAGGGCGACAGCUCGAAUAUUGGACUGGCGUACGUCGCGCACGGGUUUGCCAGAAGUCCCUGGGUAUCGGGGAUUUUCUACGCCGGCCUGAUCGGCUUGAGCGCGGGCCACAUUGUUUGGGGGUCGGCCAAGUGGCUGAAUGUCGCACCCUCCACCCGGGGUUGGUUGCAGAGGCGGAAGGGAACAGAUGCGUCGGCUGUUGUAGACAAGAAGACCCGCAAGGAGAGGCGGCGCAAGUGGCUCGCUGUGCAAGGCGUGGCGGCGCUUGUAGCUGGCCUCUGGGCUGUCGGGGGUCUGGGUGUUGUUGCCAGAGCGGGCGCCAGCGAUGGUUGGGUUGGGAAACUGUACGAUGACAUGUUCAUGAGGAUCGGAGCGUGAGCUAUGGGAUACCCAUGCAUUGUGAUGGCGUCAGGGAGUCGCCUAUGGGUUACGUCUUGUAUAUACGUUGCAGGGCAGAAUCUGAAUAGUCAACAUUUUCAUGCAGGAAAUGCUGGGCCACUUGAGCAAAAAAUGUAGCGCACAGUUCGGAGUGCCACGCUAAAUAGGAGUGAGG